UGUUGUGGUCAGAGUGACUCCCAAUAAGCUCCCUGAACAUGAUCACUAUAAAACUGCCACUGCACAGGACCGCGAAAUGUACCAUUCCAUUCUCCCAAAACAAGUUUAGAACGAGGAUGGCUGCAGCGGCGAAGUCAAAGCAUUUCGUAGCGGUGCAUGGCGUCGGCCAUGGGGCUUGGGUGUACUACAAGCUGAAGCCACGCGUCGAGGCUGCCGGGUACCAGUUCACCCCCGUCAGCCUGGCGGCUGCAGGUAACAAUGGGAAGAAGCUGGAAGAGGUUCGGUCUUUGCAUGAUUACACCACGCCGUUGUUGGAGGUUUUGGCGGCCGUCCCGGAGGGAGAGAAGGUGAUACUCAUUGGACACAGCGGCGGUGGAUAUGCAGCUGCCUACGGCAUGGAGAAAUACCCGGAGAAGAUCUCUGUUGCUGUUUUCUUGAAUGCGCUUAUGCCUGAUUCCAAAAACAAGCCUUCCUAUGUUAUUGACGAGUAUCUAGCGAGGACUCCACCAGAAGCCUGGAUGGACACCCAGUUCCCAACCUACGGUGAUCCCCCAAUCACAGCAUUGGUGGUUGGACCCAAGUUCAUCUCUGAGUCCCUUUACAACCUCUCCCCUCUUGAGGACCAAGCACUAGGGCACCUGUCUGUGAGGCCAGGCUCAUUGUUCAUGGAAGACUUAGCCACAAUGGAUAAGUUCUCAGAUGAGAAAUUCGGGUCUGUUCCUCGGGUUUAUGUGAUCGCAGCUGAGGACAAAACCAUACCCCCAUCUUUCCAGAAAUGGCAGAUUGAAAACAAUCCAGUGGUGGAGGUGAAGGAGAUCAAAGGUGCUGAUCACAUGCCUAUGUUUACUCAGCCAGAUGCACUCUGCAAGUGUCUGGUCGAGAUUGCAGAAAAACAUGGCUAAGUUUGCUGGUUUUUGAGUUUUGCUGCAUCUUUUCCUUUGCCGUAUUGCCCAAGUUUAAAUAAUAAAUUCAUGAGAGAAUGUCCAUUUUCUUAUAAGUAAAAUAUUUAUUUGUAUCCAGACAGCGUCGUACCAAAUGAGAUGAGACCUCCAUUUGAUGGUU